CGACGCCAUCAUAUUAUGCGUGUCUCUCUGAAGUUUAGGCAUUCGGUCUUGCCACGACCCCUGUAAAGAGUUCAAAGAAAACAGCGGAACGACUCAAAUUUGUAUCUUAUACAGUACGUUUAUUAAGGAUGUCAGAUUCAGACGAUUAUGAAAACUAUGAUUUCUACCAGAGAACAACCCUGGAACAGCAGGGUCAAGCUCGGGGAAGAAAUGUUCAGCCAGAUGAAAGUGCAGACAACAGCGAUUACGAAAAUGUCGAGACGUAUCUGGAGAUGACAGAGAGGAGACAAGCUGUGCAGGGAAACAGGCGAGACCUGCCAGGGCAAAGACAUGGCCUGACUCCCGAGGAAGCAGAGUGCUCUGCUGUGUGGAUGAACCCCAUUUGUCUUCACAUUCUCUUGUUGAUAGUCAUCUUCAUCUGGACAGUCCUCAUCAUAGUGGUCUUUACAAAAUUCUCUCACGUCUCUUCAGCAGUGAAUAAAGUAGAGUCUGAAAUCUCCCUACUCAACAACAAAAACUCUGCACUGACCAAGGAGAUUCAGUGGCUGAAAGACUACGCGUGUGCUGCGAAACUCUGUCCCUGUGACUGGGCCCAGAUCAAUGGGACAUGCUAUUACCUUUCAAAAAAUUCAACAGACUGGAGUGGAGCUAAACAGAACUGCAAGGCUCUGGGCUCUAACCUCACUAUUGUCUACAGAACAGAAGAACUGGAACACUUAAGCAACAUAAUUUGUUGGCUGACAGACAUCGAUCUUAAAGGAAACAAGAGUUGGCUGAAUGGGACCCCUGGUAAAAGGAAUCAGAUGUCUUCUGACUUUGCCAAAGAGCUGGAUCCACACAAUGGGCCUUAGAGACUUCUCACUCUUCCCAAGACCACUCUCCACUUUAUGGCUAAUGGAGCCUUCUCACUCUGCCUAACACCAGGCUCCAUACAAUGCACAAUACUUGUGUCCAGCAACAUAUCUGUGGAACUUGCUGGCCUAACCCAUCAGAGACUCAGCAUCUGCCAACAGUUUAACACUUAUCAUUACAGUUGAUCUGCAUUAUCAUUACAGUUUUAAUACCUUUAAUUUUACUAUAUUAUUUUUUUAUCUUAUGUUAAAUUAAUUACAUUUGAGGGGGUGUGUAGAACCUUGAGUAUUUUGAAAAAAACAUUUAUGAAUUAAAUGGAAUCUUGAUACCACUUCUCUAGUGUGUGUUAUGAUCACAGAACUGUUUCUUGUUUCACCUUUUUUAAAGUGCCUUAAUAGCAUUCUUGUUAUUUCCUACCAGUAAAAGUGUAUAACGAAUGUUUGUCGAACUAUAUGUCUACAUUAUGGUCUUCAGUCUUUUUAAUGUGUUAGAAAUGGACGAAGAUAUAAUGGGCUUGCGUUUAACCUUUUCCCAACAUUCUGUAACAGCAGUCAGGAAAAAGAAAUUGCAGAUUUCUGCCAGAAGGGUGCGCAUGUGUUCACGGUCUCCCUGUGCAGCUGUUCAUGACAGCGAGACUUACAAUACUUGCCCUACUGUUUUCCCACCAACUAUUUGUAAUAAACAUGUCUAAGUACAGAGUAUGUUCACAGCUCUGUAAAUAUGUCUAUCUUUGUCAAAAGACACAAAGGUUACAAUUGAGGUCUAUUUAGGAGGAGGUUCUUGUUACCCAAGCACCACAAAAUACUGUAAAACUAACCAAUUUGAUCAGUUUUGAACAAGAGAAAUAGCCUCUGUUUGAAAUACGCUUGCUUCCCAUGUUUACAGAAAAGCUCAGUUUCAUAAUGAAGCAAAGAAGAAAUUUUGCAUUUGUAUGUCCUAUGUAUUUUCUGUUUUUUUAGAAAAUGUAUUCAUUUCUACUGGAAGUAAUAAAUCUUAUGUUUAAGUGUUCUAAUCAU